AUGCCUACAUUAAAUCAAUUGAUUCGUUAUGGUAGAGAAGAAAAACGGCGCACGGACCGUACUCGAGCUUUGGAUCAAUGUCCCCAGAAGCAAGGAGUAUGCCUGCGUGUUUCAACGAGAACACCGAAAAAACCUAAUUCAGCUCUACGUAAGAUAGCCAAAGUACGAUUGAGCAAUCGACAUGAUAUAUUUGCUUACAUUCCGGGCGAAGGUCAUAAUUUGCAGGAACAUUCUAUGGUCUUAAUAAGAGGAGGUAGAGUGAAAGAUUUGCCAGGUGUGAAAUCCCAUUGUAUUCGAGGAGUCAAGGAUUUGCUGGGAAUUCCGGAUCGAAGAAGAGGCAGAUCAAAAUAUGGUGCGGAAAAACCCAAAUCGAGAUGAAUGGAAGAUGCCUCUGGAACUUGUUUUUCUCGGUCAGGAGAGGUUUAUCCUUUGCCCCAAUGAUGGCCUUUUUCAUCUUAUUUGUAUUCCGAUCGAAGAAAGAAGGUUUCCAGUCUCAUUCAACCAACUCUCUUUUUGAAGCAGAUAGUUCACAGUGCUCAUUCGAUUCGAUAGAAAAAAGUCACCCUAUGUUUGUUGAAUUAUUUGAUUUUAAGCUCUUGCCCCGUUUUUGAACGCUGGGCAAGAGGCGCUGCCGCAGGCGCCCGAUUUCCUACCUUUGCCCUCUCAAGGAGAAGGAGCGCUACCGCAGGUGCCCUCUCAAGGAGAAGGAGCGCUACCGCAGGCUCCAAAUCCACUGCCCUCUCAAGAGGCCCUGCGGCAGGCGCCAGCACCGGCUGAAGUUGCCCACCCCGCUCCCAACCAAGAGGAGCUUGCGGCACUCCGAAGGGAGAUUCAUGAUUUAAUAAAAGAAAAACUUCGGAAAGAAUCUGAGAGAGGGGUCGGUCCGCUGUCCACUCUGUUUCCCGAACAGAGGGAACUUCACUCGAGGACCGCCCACUUUAUAAUGGAAACCGACCUGGGGCUCUCCCCGGAGACAAAUGUAGAUACUCUCCGUGAAUGCGCGGAUGAUCUGAGGGAGGAUCCAAAUCUCCUUCUGACGCUCAUGAAACCCUAUUUGCCAGAAAAAAGUGAGUCUGUCUGCAUUCCCCAAGAGCAGCUUUUCAUAGUACCUUAACUCUUUUGUCGUGGCGCUGCUGGAUGCUUCUGAUCAAUAGGAAGAGGAGUAUAAAAAAAAACUUAUGAUGAGCAUCUAUUUGGGUAGAUCAUUUCCAAGAUCUAAUUCCAGUUUUUUCUUAUUUAGUGGAAACGCCUUACAAUCUGAAGUUUUACGCUUAAGGGAAAAAAUGUUCUUGGUGGAUGCAGGACCUGGGACCCCCAGAAUUUGUAUGCAAGAUGAGCCUACAGGAGUGCCAAUCAACCGAGCCAGCAGGCUUGAGAAUAAGGUUGGAUACCUGGAUCUAGUGGCCGGUGAAUCACUGAUCAAAGAGAAGAUUUUGGAGAGAUUCUUCAUCGAUCUAGUGGCCGGUGAAUCACUGAUCAAAGAACGAGCAGCCGCCAGGUUUAAUGAUUUGGUUGGAUCCCUGGAUGUAGUAGCUGGUGAACCGCUUCUUCUUCUUCCACGAAGAUUCAGACAAAACCGAGCUUGGAUGGAACUGAACAAGAUUUGGCGAACGAAUACAAGGGUCAAAGGCUUUCUAAUUGAGAAAGGAAAAAGAGGUUAUUCAGUAGCCAUCGCGGGUUUCAUUACUUUUCUUCCAUUCCGUCGUCACAUAAGGAAAAGGAUAAAAAAUGAUCGAUUCAGCAUUGAGAAGAUUAACCCAAAAAGGACGAAUAUUGUGGUGUUCUAAGAGCGGCAGAUCAAACAAGAACUUGAGGAGCUUGCCAGGAUGGCUUGGUAAGCAA